AAAAACCUGCGUGAAAGAAUCAAGAGCGAGAACAUUCGUUCUAGAAUUCUGGUUUUUUUUCCUUGAUAAUUCAUUCAUUUAUUCGUCGAUCACAAGCCAGUCAUUCACAAAAUGUCGCCCUUCAAUCUCGAGACCUGCGCCAGGCCAAACAUCCUCGCCUUGGAACCUUAUCGCUGCGCGCGCGAUGACUACAAGGACGAUGGCACCAACAUCCUCCUAGACGCCAACGAGAACGCCUAUGGGCCUCCCGUUCCCCAGAACCUGGCUACCGGCUCCGGCUCCAGUGGUCCCGAGCUUGAUCUCCUCGGCCUGCACCGCUACCCCGACCCUCACCAACGGGACCUCAAGCAGCUCCUCUGCUCGCUGCGCACGACCCACGCGCACACCUCCAAGCUUCUGACGCCCGAGAACCUCUGCGUAGGCGUCGGCUCCGAUGAGGCCAUUGACGCUCUCUUGCGGUGCUUCUGCGUUCCCGGCCGCGACCGCAUCCUCGUCUGCCCGCCCACCUACGGCAUGUACUCCGUUUCCGCUCAGGUGAACGACGUCGGACUCGUCAAGGUCCCGCUGCUCCCCGCUCCCUCCUUCGCCAUCGACGUGCCGCGCGUCCUCGAGACGCUGUCGACCGAACCCAACAUCAAGAUCAUCUACCUCUGCUCGCCGGGUAACCCCACAGGAUCCCUUCUCGCCAAGGAAGACAUCCAAAAGGUUCUCGAACACCCGACCUGGAACGGCGUCGUGGUCGUCGACGAGGCCUACAUUGACUUUGCGCCCGAGUCGGCCUCGCUGGCCGAGUGGGUCAACGAGUGGCCCAACCUGGUUGUCAUGCAGACUUUGUCCAAGGCGUUCGGCCUGGCCGGCAUCCGUCUGGGAGCGGCCUUCACAAGCCCCCCUAUCGCCAGGCUGCUGAACAGCCUCAAGGCUCCCUACAACAUCUCUUCGCCGACCAGCGCGCUGGCCAGCUACGCGCUGGGGCCGGACGGCCUGAAGGUGAUGCGUGCGAACAAGGAGAGGCUCAUCCAGCAACGGGAGAGGCUGGUGGCGGAGCUGCCGCAGAUUCCGGGCGUGGGCAAGUUGGCGGGCGGUGAGAGCAGCAACUUUUUGUUGUACGAGAUGCUGGAUAAGGAGGGAAAGCCGAGCAACGAGACGGCGCUGAAGGUGUAUCAGAAGUUGGCCGAGACGAAGGGAGUGGUGGUCCGGUUCAGAGGCAAGGAGCACGGGUGCGAGGGGUGCUUGAGGAUUACGGUGGGUACGGAAGAGGAGGUUACAAGGUGCUUGGGAGCGUUGAGGGAGGCGUUGAAGGAGGUUGGGGGGGAGUAAAUGUGGUCAUCAGGUGUCGAGCGAGCUGUUCCUAGACUAGAAGAAUAUUUAGACUAAACUUGAAAGUACUUAAGCUCUUUUUAUUCCCC